UCCGAUACAUGCUGAAUGCAACACUAAGGUGUAGCAGAAGUGAAAGAGAAAGCGCUACUCCAGUGUUUUAAACUGCACGAGAGAUAGAGAUAUCCUAUACUCAAAUAUUCCAUAAAUUAAACACUUUUAUUGCCAAAGGUCUUAGAAAACAUCUUUAAAACAUCUAAAAUAUCCCUGUUACCACUGAAGGUAUGUUUGAAUCUUUUGUUUUUGUGUACUUGUGUAUUCCAUUUGAAAAUAAUUAGAUUUGUUUUAUUCUUCAUCAGCAAUUUCUUUGAAGAACACUAUCUGUCUGGGGAAGAAGCUUCUUUUUUGGUAUUGUUUUUGUUUAUUAUAGGUUUUUUUUUCCGUAGCCUCGUCGAAAGUCAUUAAAUGUAGCUUAGAAAAGCAGUGUGUUGUGGUGGUAAUAUCAUAAUACUCAAAGUGUUUUCUAUUCGAGAUGUUACUGAAAGCCUGUCACUGGCUGUGGGUUUUGGCACCUAAUGUACAAAAACAUGGGCCUUUGUUAACCUGCUAGAUACAGCAGGGGAAAAUUUUAGGGUUGUUUUAUUUUAUUAGAACCCACACACACAAACACAUUACAUAAGUUAUUAUUAUUAUUAUUAUUAUUAUUAGUAGUAGUAGUAGUAGUAUAGUAUUAAUAAUAAUAAUAAUGAUAAAUAAUAAAUAAUGUUGUUGUUUAUAAACAAAUUCUGACUGGUGUAUAGACUUUGAAUUCUUUUGCAGCUCUCCGUAACACAGAAUUGAAGUGACUGAAAAUGUCUUUGUUGGAGAGUACUCGACGGCUAUUCAGCAGCACCUCUCUGGAUGACUUCCAAUAACCGACCCUUACAGUAGCUAACAUGUACCAUGGACUGAUAAACCAGGGAGCGACAGAUUGCUUGAACAGUGUGCUGCAGGUGCUGUUCAUGACCGAGGACUUCAGAGAGGCUGUGACAAGGUACUCUGGAGGAAAUCCUCACUCUGAGUUUCUUGAUCAUCAUCUUAAAGUCUUAUUUGAUGACUUACAGAACCACACAGCAUACUCAUAUAAAAUAACACAGAAGCUGGGCAUUGACAAUGUGUAUGAACAGCGUGAUGCUGCAGAGUGCUUGGAGAGGGUUUUAAGAAUGACCAGUCCGGAUGCAUCACAGAUCUUCCAUGGUCAGUUAGCAAACAAAACCAUCUGUUCUAAAGGUCAUAUACAGACUGACAGAGAUGCACCUUUUUGGCUUCUUCCUCUUUCACUGGUGGAUUCCUGCAGUGAAGACUACAGCGUGGUGUACGGCGCUGAAGAGUUUUUUAAACCUUUGGAUUUCUGUGGAGAAAAUCAGCUGUACUGUGAGCAGUGUGAUGACAAAGCUGAUGCUACUAUGAGAGAUGUAAUAAAGCAUCAUCCAAAUGUUUUGUGUCUGCUGCUGAAGAGGUUUGAGUUCAACUAUAAUUACAUGUCAUACAUUAAAAUCAACUGUUCUGUGGAGGUUCCUGAAACCCUGGAGAUACCAGAGAGUCAGACAUAUGAAUUGUAUGCAUUUGUGGAUCAUUUUGGGGAUCUGAGAGGUGGACAUUACACCUCAACAAUCAAGAUCCAGGAGGAACACAGAGACAAAUGGUAUCAGUUUGAUGGUACCAGAGUCACAGAGCUUGAUUUUCAGCCAUUCCAGCUGGAUAACACUGAGAGGUCCCAGACUGCAUAUCUUCUGUUUUAUAGCAAAAAUAAAGAUACUGGUAUUCCAGAGUCCACAGAUGUAUCCACCACUGGAUACAUCUGUGGAUGUAUCCAGUGGAUACAUCCACCCGUCAUUACCACCAGUAAUGAAUAUGAUCAGAGUCAAGAUGGGAAAAAUAAGAGAAAGAGAGAAGAUGGAGGGGAGACAAACAAUCCAAAGACUGCUCGCUUAAGAGAAGCAGAGGGAUCACCUGAAACCCCCUGUAACGUAGAUCCUCUGGACAACGAACCAAAUAAAGACAAUGGAACCACUGGAAGUGAUGACCUGGAUCAAAAACGUACAGAAGUGGAUGAUGCUGAAAAAAACAGAUCAGAUAAUAAUCCUGAUUUUAAACUUGAUAUCAGUGAUCGAUCAGCAGUCUGUGAUGAUCCAAGCAGACAGUAUGAGAUGAGUAAAUUAAUGGAUGAUAAAGCAGAUAACGAUGAAAAGGCUAAAGAUAAACAGUCAGAGAAAAAAAGCCACGCAGAGCAUCCAGCUGACACUGUGGGAGAGAACAUAUGUGAACAUCAGGAGAAUAAACAAAUCUGUAGUCCUUCUCAUGCUGAGGAGAAAACAAAAACAGAUUUUCAACAUGACUCGAAAGGAAAGAUUAGUGCCGAUAAACCAACAGCAGAGAUGUGCUGUGACACAUUUCAGGAUAAAGAAAAAGCUGAUGAUAGAAAAGAAAACAUACUACAAGAUGAUCAGAGUCUUAAACACAGAAACAGACACAGUGAUACACUGAACAUGCAGGAGAUCAGUGUUACACAUUCAAGAGAUAAUGUUUUUUGUGUAGAGAGAGAAAUCAGAAACGUGAAGGAGGACAGGAGAGAAAGGAAAGGAAAUGAAAAAGGUGACCACAGUAAGUUUGAACAAAACACAGUAGGGGAGGUAAGUGGUGCUGCUACAACACAGAAAGAUGUUGAUGUGGAGGAAAAGAAAGAAUAUGAAGGAAAUACUAAACAAAUUCAGAUCAGAGAGAAACCCCAUCUGAGACCAGCAGGAGCAGAAAUAAUAGAAGCAUCCAAAGAAAACCAGGAUGAUGGUACUAAUGAAAAAACUAAAGCAGAGCGUUUUCAACUAAAAGGCAGAGCCAAAAUUCAGGGAGUCACAGAAGGAGGACAUGGUUCACAGAAGUCAGGAAAAGUUCAAAUAACUUGUGAAGAAAAAAUGCAGACUCCAGAUUGUGAAAUCAUCAGGACAAAGAUGAAGAACAUGAGAAUAGAAACUGUAGGGAAACCCUCACAGGGCAGCUCUGAGAGACAUGUCAAAAAUAAUGAAGGAAUCACUGAAAAUAAAUCUCAGACAACAAAUGCAGCCAAGGCCAGAAGAGUAAAACUGAAUGAUGCAAGUCUGCCAGAGCAGCAGAAAAGAAGAACUAAAAGAGAAGAAUGAAAACACCAUGACACAAACUAUCCAAUAUACACCAAAACUGAUGUAGAUGAUGUAGAAAUAGAAGCUGCUAAAUCAAGUGCAGACAUCAAUUCAAGUGGGUUGUGUUCAUGGUUUGUCGCUUUGAAAUUUUUUUUUGAAAAAGACACACCAGGAUUUGGAGUCAAAUUAAGUUGAAUCAUUAUUAAAUGAUUAUUUAUUUUAUGUCUCCACAUCCUUAUGCUAAUUAAACAGAACAUUUUUUUAAUUGAAUGUUUUAUAUUUUUCAACAGAGAUUGGAGCUCUUUAAUAACGCUUAUGCUUUUGUCUUGGUCUAAUUGGAGAAUGCAGCAUGUGUGUUGUUUCCCUUUUUUAUUUAAUAUAAUACAUUACCAGUCUGCCUGAGACAGUAACAGUAGUGAAAUUGAACUAAUAUAAACAAAUCAUGUUAUCUUAAGGUGCUUUAGAAUCACUUUAGAAUAAGUAUACAUGAUUUAUCUUAUUUGUUGCUUUAUCUAAUUUAAUUUUGCUUUUUAAUGUUGUGCCUCUUUAACUGGAAUAUAGUUUUUUAAAUCAUCUAGUCGAUAUCUUAAAUAUAUUGUUUCCCUGUUUAAUAUUUCCUAAAUUGUUUUUCAUAUUAGUUAUUUCAUUUUCUUUUCUGCAAAGAAACUGAGACAUGUUUGAUUACUCAAUGUGCAGCUGUCACUUUAGCAAUAAACAUCAGCAGAGAGAGCACAUUCCUUUGUUAUACACUCCUCUGAACUCUUACUUUUGAAAAAAAAAAACCUGUAAAAACAGCAUAUAAGGACAUAAAGGAAGGAAAAAAAUUAAACUAAACAUGUGAACACAUCGGAAAAUUGGAAUGCAAGUCAAGUACGAAUACUACAAGUUACAAAUGUGAGUAUGCACAUACAGAGAUUUAGUUUUAAUAACAUUGCUACAGUAAUUUUCACAAACGAAGUAAAACAAGUAUACCUAGUGAUGUGGCAAGUCCUUUGUACACAGGUGUUUCUCCCACACCUUCUUUUACUGCUUCAGCCUCAGCUGAGAUCAUAUCAUGCCAGAAAAUUUGUUGUACCAGGAAACAUGUCUUUAAAACUACAGUAUAAAUACAUCUGUCUGUAACCCUGUGAUUCAGCCUGAUAAUACCUUACAGGGUUAUUUAUUAAUUUUCAGAAACAAAGUCUUAUUUUAGAAAAUCUUGUCUUUCAAGUGGUCAAGUCAUUUAUUGCUUUGUUUUCAUUGCAGAGAUAGGUGCCAGCUAUCUCUGACUUUGAACUGGAUAAGAUUUUAAGAAAAUAUAUUAGAAGAUUUUUAUAUGCUUUCAGUUUCUUUGUGGCAAUAAAAGGUCAUGUGUCCACAGAACAACAGUAAUUUUUAACUAUUACUGCUAAUAGUUCAGUUUUUCUUUUUUUAUGUCAAAUAAUGGGUUUUAUGUACUGCAGUUGAAGUAAACCUUCGCCCUUUGUGGUAAUGAUAAUGCUGUCUGUGUGAAGUUCCUUAUUCACCACUCACAGCUUAGAUUAACAGAUUAUUUCAAAACACUUUUUCAUUUAGUCAAACAGAAUGUGA